GCAGGAUCACUUGCUUAUCUUGAAAAAUGAGAACAAAUCAAACUACACGAGCUCAUUACACAGAGAGACCAACAAGUGUUGACAUAAGAAGAGAAAGAUAAAAGCAGAACAUGUUAUGAUGGUCUUCUGACCUGUGGUGCUCACUGGUCAGAAAGAGAGGUGUGUUAAGCUGAGGUGUGGUUUCUCUGGUUCCACGGCUCUUUGCGGUUUUGUUUUGCUUGUUACACUGCUGGGAAGAUGUCGUCCAUCUCUGUACCGCCACCAAAAUGCCUGCAGAAACCUCUGACUGUUCCCUAUCGUCACAUGUUUGGACCGGGACCUUCAAACGUCCCUUCACGGAUCUUGGAGGCUGGUGCUAACCCUGUCAUUGGACACAUGCAUCCAGAGAUAUUCGAGAUAAUGAACGACAUCAAGAGUGGGAUCCAGUAUAUGUUCCAGACUCAAAACAAAAUGACUCUAGCUGUGAGUGGCACCGGCCACAGUGCUAUGGAGUGCGCCAUCUUCAAUGCAGUGGAGCCCGGGGAAAGCGUGCUUGUAGCUGUGAAUGGAAUCUGGGGGGAGAGAGCAGCUGAGAUGGCAGAGAGGAUAGGUGCGAGAGUAAACACUAUAGUGGCUCCUCCUGGUGGCUGCUUCACUAUUGAAGAGAUGGAAAAGGCUUUAUCCAAACACAGACCUGCGCUGCUCUUUGUGGCACACGGAGAAUCUUCUACGGGAGUCUUGCAUCCUUUAGAUGGCAUCGGACAGCUGUGCCAUAAGUAUAACUGCCUGUUUCUUGUUGACUCUGUGGCAUCAAUUGGAGGAGCCCCUGUUUACAUGGACCAGCAAGAGAUAGAUAUCCUGUAUACAGGCUCCCAAAAGGUUCUGAAUGCUCCACCAGGUACAGCACCGAUUUCCUUCAGUGAGAGAGCAUGCCAAAAAAUCUUCAGCCGAAGGACAAAGCCUGUGUCAUUUUACUUGGAUUUGAGUUGGCUGGCAAACUACUGGGGAUGUGAUGGAAAGCCAUCAAGAGUAUAUCACCACACAGGUCCUGUCACUGCUUUUUACUCUCUGAGGGAAAGUUUGUCUGUCCUUGUUGAAGAGGGUUUGGAGAAUUCAUGGGAACGACAUCUGAAGGUAGCCGAAUAUUUCCAUGCUGGCCUGGAGAGCAUGGGUCUCAAGCUUUUUGUCAAAGAAAAGCGUCUGAGGCUACCAACAGUCACUACAAUUGUUGCUCCUUAUGGAUAUGACUGGAAAGAGAUCACAAGCUUCAUAAUGAAAACACACAAUCUGGAGAUUUCUGGGGGGCUCGGACCAUCAGUUGGUUUGGUGCUCCGCGUGGGACUGAUGGGAUGUAACAGCAGCAGGGAGAACGUCGAUAUGGUGCUGGCAGCACUGAAAGAUGCUCUGAAACACUGUCACAAGAGCAAAGUGUAACACGUGUCUAAUGCUGUAAAGAUCAUUUUCCCAUAAGGAUGAAAUCUGGUGCUCAUGUGGUUGUGCAGUUAAAUAUUAAAGUUAAAUACAUACA